AUGACGGCACGCGGCCGGAUGGACACGUGGCCGCUGCCACGUGGCCGGUUAGCCCGUCCUGGUGAUGUUUCUGUUGCCUUCUUUCAUGCGGUGGCCACGGGCAAAAUUGCGGUCGUCCCUCCGAAAGAUCUCGAUCAAUCGAAGCUCUGGUACUUGCUCAAAGCCAUGAAUGGCACACGUGAGGCUUCGCGACAGUGGUCAAAGCGCGUGUGUGAGGUCAUGACGGAGGCAGGUUUCUGGGAGGUUCCAGGAAUCCCUGGCCUCUUCUACCACGACGAGUGGUGCGUGACCUUGAGCUGCCACGGCGACGACUUUAUCGCUGAGGGCGAAAGCGACGAUCUGGAUCGACUGGAUGCGCUGAUGAUGCAAUCCUUUGAGAGCAAGAUAUUGCCACGGAUUGGCCCUGAGGAGUUCGGAGGCCAGACCACGCAUGGCGAUCAUCUGCACCGCAUCAUUCGAUGGAGCGAGCGCGGGUUCACUUGGGAAGCUGAUCCUAAGUACUCGCGGCAGAUCGUUGAGGAGCUCGGGCUUACGGACGCUAAGAGCGCAGACGCCCCAUGUUCUACGGAAUGUGGGAAAGGCCGCAGGGAUCUCGAAGAUCCUUUGGACGCUGAGGCUGCAGCGAAGUUCCGGAGACUCGCUGGUACUGCGCUUUACCUGUCCCAGGAUCGCCCGACGAUCCAGUAUGCCUUGUCGGAAAUCACCUCUGGCAUGGCAAAGCCUACGGUUGAACACGAGCUCAAGCUCAAGCACCUAGGCCGUUACCUUCUGAAGUACCCGAAGGAAGUUUGGCACUACGAGUACCAGGAGCAGCCUGAGGAAGCUGUGGUGCUUACGGACUCAGACUGGGGAGCGUGCAAGCGCACGCGUAAGUCUAUGUCCAGCUACGCUGAGAGAUUUGGGAAGCAUCUCAUCGAUGCUUCGUGUGCCAAGCAAUCGGUGAUAGCGCUCAGCUCUGGAGAAGCUGAGUUUUACGCGUUGGUGCGAGGAGCUGCCGCCGGACUGCUGACAGCGCAGAUCUGGGAACGGAUUGGGUUUAAGGGUUUGAAGCUUACCUUGAGAACCGAUUCGAGCGCAGCGAAGGGAAUCGCGACACGCAAGGGCUCGGGCAAGGUGAAGCACUUGUCCAUGAAGGAGCUUUGGAUACAGGACUGUGUUCAGAGAAAGCAGCUUACGGUGCAGAAGGAACCUACGAAGAGUAAUUGGGCCGACUUGGGCACGAAAGCUCUUUCAGGCUCAAGAGUGACAGAGCUAGUCAAGGGCAUGCCUCUCACAAGGGGCUUGGUCAUGGCGUGCCUGUUCGCGUCCUUUGGCGUGGCUACGGGGCAGCCGAAGGAGCGCCAGCUCGAGACUGAAGACGUUUCCUUCUUCAUCUACAUGCUGAUCAUCCAUAUCUUGGCGAUCCAGACCAUUUGGCGAUGGAUCAAGUUUGCGUUUGUGUGGUGGACCACGCCACGUGUUUCAACGAAGCCGGCCCCUACAGCUGGAGGCCGCGUGGACCGACGAGGUCUAGAGGCGAAUGCGGGUAGCCCCGUCUACGUCACCCGUAAGGGCAAGAAGUUUCAUAGGAGACACUGUAGACACCUGGGCCAAAACCCGUACACGUUGCAGAGGGCUGAGGCUACGCAAAGAAGCUUUGGUCCUUGUACAGACUGCAACCCGUGA